GCUGUCUAAUAACCACAGCAGCAGCAGCAGCAGCAGCACACACAGUAUGAAGUGCUGUUUGAUUCAUGGAGGCCUGUGCAGCAGCUGAUGAGCAGCCUCACUGGUUCCUGCUCCUGCUGAUCCGCGGCACAUGCUCAGUUAUGUACACCCAGACAACUUUGAAGGCUUAGCUGUGGCUGCUGAGGUCAUUGCACUGGGAAAAAAAUAGACUGACUCCCUCCACUACACCGCCUCCAUUUUGAAUAGCCAUGUAAUAGGGGAUUCGCAUAGUUUUUGUGUGUGUAUCGCCCACUGCGCUGCGUAGUGUCAACAAGCCACAUCCAAACAUCCUUCGACAUGGACGACCUGUUCAGUCCGCGGAGGAGCCUGAACAGCACACAGGGCGAGAUAAGAGUGGGACCAAGUCACCAGGCCAAGCUUCCAGAGUUGCAGCCACGGCCUGGUCCUGGUUUACAGGCUCAGACAGAGAGCGAGGAGCUGAUGUGGACGCCUGGGGUCAAUGACUGUGACCUUCUCAUGUACCUCAGAGCUGCCAGGAGCAUGGCAGCGUUUGCAGGGAUGUGUGACGGUGGAUCCACAGAGGACGGAUGUUUGGCCGCCUCCCGUGAUGACACCACACUCAAUGCACUCAACAUGCUACAUGCAAGUCAUUAUGAUGCGGCAAAAGCUCUCCAGCGUCUGGUCAAGAAGCCUCUGCCGAAGCUUAUUGAGAAAUGCUGGUCGGAGGAUGAUGUGAAACGCUUCAUCAAAGGCCUGAGACAGUAUGGAAAGAAUUUCUUCCGCAUCCGGAAAGACUUUCUGCCCAGCAAAAAAACUGGGGAGCUGAUCACUUUCUAUUACCACUGGAAGAAAACUCCUGAGGCUGCAGGAACGAGAGCCUAUCGACAGCAACGCCGACAGCCGUCCUCUCGCAAAGCAAAGACUCGCUCUGCGGCAGCUCCUGUCACCCCAUCGCGAAAUUAUUCAGUGGAUGUGAGCUCUGCCAGUGAGGAUGAUCUUGAUAGUGAAGACAGCGAACAGGAAAUCAAGAGUUGCAGCCACUGUGGCACAACAAGUUCUAAAGAUUGGCACCAGGGGCGAAGAGACAGCCCGCUGCUCUGCACGUCUUGUCGCACAUAUGAAAACAAACAUGGAUGUCUUCCAGCAGCUCCAAAAUCUGCAGGCGCUCCAUUCAUGUUUAAACCUGUGAAAGAAGAAGAAGAGGUUAACAGCAAGCAUGGCAUGAGGACACGGCGGAGCAGAGCACCUCAGCUAUCAUCUUUGAGAAGCGGCCACAGGAGGCUCACAGGCUCCCCCACCAGUGAGGAUCAGCAGACCAGCAGCCAGCCAUCUCUGAUCGGAGCAGCUUCUAACUCUUUGAGAUCGUCUUCCACUGACAACAAGAAUGAACCCAGCAAGAAGACGAACAAGAAAAUAAAAGAGGAGGUAAUGUCACCAAAGACAACAAAACGUGUACGGGAGAGUCCUGCUCAGGAGCCUGACGAGCCUGAAAAAGUUACACCGAAAAGGCCAAAGACACAGGAUCCACGGGGCUCGCGGUCAGAGGGAGAGGCUGAGGUAGAGGAGGAAAGCUCUUCAGAAAGCCGCAGUGCUCAGGACGAUGGCAGCAGUGACACCAAAGACAUCGAUCAGGACAACCGCAGCUCCUCUCCCAGCAUUCCCAGCCCUCAACAGGGCAAUGAGAGUGACUCGGACUCAUCUGCCCAGCCGAACGGCGUCCCAUCAGAGCCUGUCGCUCCUGCUGCUGUGCUGGCUGACACACCAGUCCCACAGGCCCUCCCCUCUCAGGCUCCUCCCAUCACUCCUCAGCCAACGCAAAGCACUCCCCCUGCUGAUUCAGCUCAGAGCCCCCCCCCUCCUUCUCCAGACCCCCCUCAGCCAGCUGCCGGUCAGUCAGCUGCGUCAGAGGCUCCAAACAUCCGACCGCAGCCCGGCUCUCACGCUCUUCCCGGUCCACCGCCUCUUCCGCCAGUACUGGGUCAGGACUCUCCUCUUUCUCCAGCAUUUCACGUCCCACCUGCUCUCAGCUCUGCACAGCCUCUGCAGCCUCAUGGCCCGCCACCUCAGGCCCCCCAGCGACCCCUGCCCUUCUUCAGGGAGUCUCAGCUCCCCCAGCCUCCUCUGGCCGGCCCACAAAUCAAGCCUCCUCCCACCACUCCAAUUCCACCCUCACACAAACAGAUGCCACACCAGUCUGCUCCACCUUUCCCUCAGAUGCCCUCCAAUCUCCCCCCUCCCCCUGCUCUAAAGCCACUCAACGCUCUGCCCAACCAGUAUCCUCCGGGUGCUCCCCCUCCCCCCCUUCAGCUCAUGCCACAGCCUUUGCCAAUGCAGCCGCUUCCUACCCAACUUCCAGUGAUCUCUCAGGUUCAGACCCACCCUGGAAAAAGCAUGACUUCCUCUUACCCACCUGCCGCAGCCUCACACCCUCUCACCUCCGUAACAUCUUCUGCUAUUGGCCCUGUCCCGAGCCUCCAGCCGUCAUUCCCACCUCUUCCUCUGAGACCCUCGCCGAGCUCCACAGCAGGAGGACCCCAAAUUCAGAUCAAAGAAGAGCCACUGGAUGAGAUUGAAGAGGCUGAGAGCCCACCGUCUCCACCUCGGAGCCCCUCACCAGAGCCCACCAUUGUCAACAUGGCAAGUCAUGCCAGCCAGUCUGCACGGUUUAUCAAACACUUGGAUCGUGGUUACAACUCCUGUGCCAGAACAGACCUGUUCUUCACUCCACUUUCAUCCUCCAAGCUGGCCAAGAAGAGGGAGGAGGCUGUGGAGAAGUCGAGGAGAGAGGCUGAGCUCAGCGCUCGACAAGAACGCGAACGGGAGAAAGACAGAGAGCGGGAGAGAGAAAGGGAGGCAGACAGAAAUGCUAGAGCCUCCAGCUCCUCCCACGACAGUCGUAUGAGUGAUCCUCAGAUGACGGUUCAGGUCCAUGGACGCCCCUCCUUUGAGCAGCCGCCCACCACUGUAGCCGCUGUGCCCCCCUACAUUGGCCCUGACACACCCGCCCUGCGCACCCUGAGCGAAUACGCCCGACCCCAUGUCAUGUCACCCACCAACCGCAACCACCCUUUCUACGUGUCCCUGAGCCCUGGUGACCCUUUGCUGGCCUACCACAUGCCUGGACUGUACAGCGCUGAGCCCAGCCUCAGAGAGCGCGAGCUGAGGAACCUCCGAGAGAGGGAGCUCCGCGAGAGGAUGAAGCCUGGCUACGAGGUCAAACCUCCAGACAUGGAAACUCUACACCCUUCGGCCAACCCCAUGGAGCACUUUGCCAGGCACGGGGCGAUCGGUCUUCCCCACAUACCAGGGCCUCCCCACCACUUCGCACCUUUCCAUCCUGGGCUGAACCACCUGGAGCGUGAGAGGAUGGCGCUAGCAGGACCUCAGCUGCGCCCGGAGCUGACUUAUGCAGAGCGACUCACUGCAGAGCGGCUUCACGCAGAGAGGAUGGCAUCUGUGGCGACCGACCCUGCUGCCAGGCUGCAGAUGCUCAAUGUGACGCCGCAUCAUCACCAGCACUCUCACAUUCACUCCCACCUCCACCUGCACCAACAGGAUCCCCUCGGUCAAGGAACAAGCCCUCAUCCUUUAGUGGACCCCAUGGCAACAGGACCACGUCUGGCUCGGUUCCCCUUCCCUGGUGGCCCGAUCCCCAACCCUUUACUCAGCGAUCUUCCUCAUGAUCAUGAGAUGCUGCGCCACCCACUGUUUGGCGCUGCAUAUCCACGAGAGCUGCAGGGCCCGAUUCCUCAGAUGUCUGCUGCUCACCAGCUCCAGGCCAUGCACGCUCAGUCUGCAGAGCUGCAGAGGAUGGCUAUGGAGCAGCAGUGGCUGCAUGGGCAUCACCUGCAUGGCGGCCCUCUACCAAGUCAGGAAGAUUAUUACAGCCGGCUGAAGAAAGAAGGUGACAAGCCAUCUUGAGUGCCAGGUGGUGCAUGCCCUGAAUCCCUACACUCAUACCCAAUAGAAUACUGUGUACUUUUAAGACUGUAAGAGAAUAUUUGUGUGUCAGUUUCUUUGUUUUAAUAUAUUUUAGGAAAAUCUUUGUGGAUCUUUAUGUGCAUUCCUUGUUCAGCACUUAACGGGACUGUCAAAGUCCGUCUGAGUUUUUCAUAUCACUUAAGACUUUAUACUAGUUUUAUUAUCGAAAUAACGGAGCAGUCUCACCUGUUCAUGUGAGAUUUAAAGUGAUGGAUUUUCUCUAACAAACUGUAAAACUGUUUCAUAUGCAGUGACAUGAAUUUGACAAAACACAACUCUUUUAAAGGAUAUGAAAACAGACUGACUUUGGUGUUGAGUUUAAAUAUCUAUCUAUUAUUUCUAAAUGGUUUCCUUGUACAGAAUGACAUUUAAAUCAGUGUUUGAAUGAUUGUAAUGACCUAGCAUGACUCAGCCUUCAUUUUUCACCAAACUAGAGUAGCAAGUUGCAUUGUGGUGUUUAGAAUUUGAAAUGAUAACAACAAUAAUAAGCAUAGUAGAGGUUGGUUUUACUCUUAAAUCUGCUUAAUAUUUGUCUAAAUCCUGAAGUUUUAUAUAUCAAGAUAUCUUUUCACAAUAUAACCGAAGCUUUUAUUCGCUCAUUUUUGAGACUGUAAAUAUUACAUGUUCACAAUAUUCUAUAUGAAUGAGUACUAUUGAUAUAGCAAUAGAUGUGAACACUUGACCCUUGAUUCAGCACGAUAGCAGUAUAAAUCAUAAGCUAAAACAAUAUAUAGUAUUAUAAGGCGAGAUAAUUAUUAAUUGGACCAUGACCUGUCGCUGCAGACAGUACGUUUUACUAGAAUGAUGUAUUUACAUUGUUUUGAGGAGAGAAACUGAAUUGGAGAAAAGCUAAAUCUUGAACAUUUUAAAGGAAUUUUUUGAAAGAACUGCCUCUAAAUUCAAUAUUUAUGUGACAUAAUAUGAAAGUGUAUCCAUUGCAUAUUUAUUUCAAUAAAUAUUUCUGCAAUGACACCUUAUUCUCUUUGCACUGGGAGUUCCUCUGUAAAAACAGCCCGAGGUCUACAAUUUAAUUUGUACACCCACCUAAAACUAACAUCCGAGCCACACUGCCUAUGUGAGCAGUACAUGUGUGUGUCCUGGGCCCUCUUGUUUUUCCUUUUUUUUUUUUUUUUUUUGAAACUUUGUUACCAGGUAAGAGCAGCCACACUGCCCGCAUGAGCAGCAGCCACUCAGCAGGUAGUGUGGCUGCUGCUCAGCUGUGGAACAUCUAGACCAAUGGUUUCAAACUGUUUCAGCUACAGGUCCAGAUUUCACCUCAGUCAUUAGUUCAAGGUCUCACAGUUUCAUACAUUCAGCAUGAUAUUUGUGUUUCGUUAUGUCGUUAAGCUAGUUUGCUGUCUCUAGCAGGUAGCUGUCAGUUAGCCACUCACUGUACAGCAGGAAACGGCACUUCCGAAUGAAAGCUCUGUGCUGGAAAUUUGCUGUACUUAAAAAUAAAGUGUUUUUUCUACAAACUAGACAGGUUUGUGAGUCACUUGCAGUCCAUUCAGAAUGGACCCACGACCCACUUUUGGACCGCAACCCACCGGUUGGGAACCACUGAUCUAGACAGUAGGAUUCUCGCCUAUAUAUCAUUAAAUAGUCUUUUAAUGAUCAUACUGACAUAAUACCAUCUUUUCCUGUAGUUUCAGUGUCAAGAAGUGCAGGAUCCUGUUGUUGAAAAUGCAGUGGCUUGUGCGGCUCCAUAAACAAGGGGGUAGUAUUAGCUUUUAAUUGUGGAAAUACAGUAGUUAUAGCAGCAGGCAGCUCUGCGGCAGCUCUGUAGUAGCACCGCAGCAGCAACGCUGUCUGUGUGAAAACCACACGUGCGAACCGCGGCAGUUUAGAGAGGCCGCCAUCUCGCACUGCUCACACCUGGAGGCAUUAUGCUGUCUGGAGCUGUAAUGAUAAGUUGAUUAGUUGCCAACUAAUAAAUCACAGAUCAACUAAUUUGAUCAUCGGUUGGAGUAUUUAUUUAUUUUUUUAAAUUUUUUUUUGAGAAAAAAAAGUCAGUUAUCGGAUUCCAGCUUGUAACAUGUAAAUAUUUUUUUGGUUCGCCUCUAAAAAGCAAAUGAAAAAAGCUAAAUAAACUGAACAGUACACUGAAUAUCUUCGGGUUGUGAACGAAAUAAAACAUUUGAUGACGUCAUUUUAGGCUUUGGGAAACACUGAUCGACAUUUUUCAGCAUUUUAUAGA